CAGUGUCACAGCAGGUCUUUACUUUAUUCUCUGUGGCGUUGCUUGUCUGGUGUUGCAUAUAUUAUGCAGAGGAUUGAGAUGUGGCGCAAUAUUACCAGGAUCCAUAUUUUGGUCAGUGUCGCCUGUCUUGUUUUAUUAGGGGCCAUCUAUAUCUUAGGGAACAAAGAAUCUCUCUACAGACCUGUAGGCUUUUGCCCAGACAGUGACAAUGCCUGGAGGAUCAGAGACCUAAAAAUGCAAACAGGACUGAAAUAUGAUCAACCAAGCACAAUUAACGGACGCACUGAUGUGAACGCCGUCACUAACUGGAAUGCUCCUCUGGUUUGGGAGGGGACCUUUGAUCCAGUGGUUAUUGAUGCAAUAUAUAAGAAAAUGGACCCACGAGUGGCUGUGUUGGUGUUUGCUGUUGGCAAAUACACACGUUUCCUAAAGAGCUUCCUAGAGUCAGCUGAAAAGUAUUUUCUUGUUGACUUCAGGGUCAAUUAUUACAUUUUCACAGACAACGAAAAAGAGGUCCCUGAAAUUCAACUAGGUCAGGGCCGAAACAUUGUUGUUGUCACCAUCCCUGGAGUCAAUCGCUGGCAGGAAGUAGUAUUGGGCAGGAUGAAAUGGGCCACCACCACCAUUGACAAACAGAUCCGUAAUGAAUCAGACUAUCUUUAUAUGAUGGACAUCGACAGUGUCUUUCACAAUCGUUUCGGAGCGGAGUCUCUCAGUCGGCUGUCUGCUGUGCUUCAUCGUGGCUACUACAAGGCCACAUUGAGGGACCAGUUUCCUUAUGAGCGUCGGCCAGAGUCCAAAGCCUUCAUUCCUGCUGGUGAAGGAGACUACUACUACACUGCUGCUGUCUGGGGUGGAUACCUAGAGGACAUGUACAAGCUAGUCAAAUACUGUUACAUGCAGUCAGAGGAGGAUGCCAAGAAUAAGAUUGAAGCUAUCUGGCAGGAAGAAAGUCACCUCAACAAGUACCUGCUGUACAACAAACCAAGCAAGGUGCUGUCUCCAGAGUACCUGUGGUCAGAUUACGAUAGGAUACCAGAAGACAUCAAAGUCGUCAGGAUUUCCCAGUUGGUCAAGAACUAUGCAGAAGUGCGGCCCAAUGGUGGACAUUGAUGUCAAGUCGUUGACAUUUAAAAAAUAAUAGCAAGUGGGUUGUCUGAAUGGGUUGCUUUUUAUAUUCAGUUUUGGUAUAUUUAACGUAAAUUACUGUAAUAAAUAAGCACAUUCCAAUCUCUCUGUAGAGAUGAAUUAAAGUAAUCUUGAUGUUG